CUUGAGGACCCUGACGUAGCAUGCCUGUCUGACACAACAUUAGCUCACAUGCUAACAGGCUAACAGGCUACCUAACAGUCAGAAAACAAAGACAAGAGCUUUAAAGAUGGCAGAAGUCAAAGUGAAGAAGGAGGCGAACCUGUCAGACCCCGCGGAGGUGGAGAACAGGAUCAAACAGCUGUGUCAGCAGUUCCCUCACGGUAUCACAGACCAGGUGAUUCAGAACGACAUGCCUCACCUGGAGCCUCAGCAGAGAGCCAUGGCCAUCAACAAGCUGCUGUCACUGGGUCAGCUGGACCUGCUGAGGAACAGCUCAGGUCUCCUGUACAGACUGAAGGACGGGCAGAGCGCCAGUAAGAUGAAAGGUUCAGACAACCAGGAGAAACUGGUUUAUCAGAUCAUCGAGGACGCAGGAAACAAAGGGAUCUGGAGCAGAGACAUCCGCUUUAAGAGUAACCUUCCUCUGACUGAGAUCAACAAGAUCCUGAAGAACCUGGAGAGCAAGAAACUCAUCAAAGCCGUCAAAUCUGUUGCCGCGUCUAAGAAGAAGGUGUACAUGCUGUACAACCUGCAGCCGGACCGCUCUGUGACGGGGGGCGCCUGGUACAGCGACCAGGACUUUGAGUCUGAGUUUGUUGAAGUUCUCAACCAGCAGUGCUUCAAGUUCCUGCAGAGCAAGGCUGAAGCAGCGAGAGACAGCAAACAGAGUCCCAUGGUUCAGAGGAACAGCUCCUUCGCCACCUCGCAUGAAGUCUGGAAGUACAUCUGUGAGCUGGGAAUCAGCAAGGUGGAUCUGUCCAUGGACGACAUCGAGACCAUCCUGAACACGCUGAUCUACGACGGGAAGGUGGAGAUGACCGUCAUCGCCGCCAAGGAGGGAACUGUAGGUAGCGUGGAUGGACAGAUGAAACUUUACCGUGGCGUCAACGCCGUCAUCCAACCCACCGGCCUCGUCAGGACGCCCUGCGGACUCUGCCCGGUGUUUGACGACUGUCACGAAGGAGGAGAAAUCUCUCCGUCCAACUGUAUCUACAUGACGGAGUGGUUGGACUUCUGACGGCUGCUCUCGUCUCUCUGUUCUUUUCUCUGUGAGGAAACUUUGACUCUAUUUUCCCGGCGCUCUGUGAUCCACCUCAGUUAUUUUUUGUAUUUAUUGCGAAGUUUAAUAAAAGCAGGAAUGAGAAAUGUGUCGUUGUGGCUUCAAACCUGAACUCAUGACAGCAGAGUGUGUGACAGUGUGUUGUUUGAUGUGGUGUACUGACCCUUUAAGUAUUCAGGACGUUUGUGGACUAAAUAAUGAAUGGAUAUGAGAACAGUCCCGACAGCAGCACUCAGGUAUGAGGCCGGUGUUCUCUGAUGCACUCUGAGUGUGUUUAUCCAAUCACAGCUCUCGUUAGUGUUUUCCAUCAGACAUGGUUAAAGUGCUCCAUCAGAGCGUAAUGGGCUCAGUGCUGACCGUCAGCACGGCUCACUUUACACAACAUGUUCUCAUGUUCUCAUAUUGACCGCUCAGGAACUCAGCUCCUGCUCAUCAGACACAAACACUCCACGCUUCCACCUGCUGGGUCUCUGCCAUAAAGACUACACUACCCAUCAGCCUCGGCAGCUCUCACCACUGAUGCGAUGCCACAGAAUCAGAGCCGUUCCUUUUCAUUGUUCUUGUCAAAACGUCCUCUGAUGGUUCCACUCAGACAUUUAACUGAACGAACAACAGACGACAGAUUAACGUCAAAAAUGAAAAGUUCAGCGUUCAGUUUCAGCGCCACAAAGAACGUUCUCUCAACAUUUCAUUCACCAGUGUACCUGUGUGGCUAUCUUCACAAAACCUCUGGAGAACGUUCCUUAAAUGUUCUACUGUCAAACGUUUUGAUAAUAUUAAAAGAACAUCCACAAAGACAAACAUAACGUCAGUGAUACAUGAGGAAAACCUUCCUGAGAACAAAUAUGAGAAACUUCCAGACAGCAAUAUUUGGUUUCAGGAAUGUUCUAGAAAUAAUCCAAAGUUUGGAGAAUCCCAACAAUCGUAACAUUCCCUUGACGUUUCCACGCUGAACUUGUUCUUGUCCUCUAAUUGUUCCAUUAACACCUUCGAGGAAUGUUCCCUCAGGGUUCCUGUGUGGUUCUGCUAAUGUCAGAAGAACAUCCUAGAGGAAUGUUUGGUUUUCAGGAACGUUCUUUGUUAAUUACUAAAGUUAAGACAAAAAGCAUUCCUGUAAUGUUCCCUCAAAGUUCCAGUGGUCGUAACUGAGAAUCUCUACGAACGCUCUCUUGUGGUUCCCCUAAACCACGUUCACGUUCUAAAGUUGAACUCAGCGAGCCGUGAGACAUUUGGGAACUAACAGAUGCUGUAAUAACCAAAAAGAUAAAUCUAGGAAAACUGUAUGAGAACCUUAUCUUACCUUAGUUUACAUAAAAACCCUCAGGGAACGGUCACUAAUGGUUCUUCUGUCGUUCCUUUUACGUCCAUGACAGCUUGUAUGCAACGUUCUACUGUUCUCUUACUCCAAUAGGAACGUUUUUUAAGGAAAUGAAAAAGUUGGAGUGAUCACAUGGAAAACUGUUAGUCCCCAAUAUUUGGUUGAAUACUCCUGUAACGUUCUCUUGGUGUUCCUAUGUGGUUUCUUUAACCUCCAGCUAAUGAGUGGAACCAUGCUCUUAGAACGUUCCAAUAAUCUGUGUUCUUCUAAUGUUAAAAGAACAUCCCAGGAACCACAUAAGAACAUCACAAAAAGAACACAUACUGUCGGUGGUUUUCAGGAAUGUUCUGUGAAUGUUGCUUUAAAGUUGAGGGUUCAUUCUCAUGGUUGCAAGUCUCGAAGGAUGUUCUCCACAGAGCGUUACAUAACAACCCUCAGACAACCGUCACUAAUGGUUCUUCUGUGGUUCCCUCUUUCUUCAUUAAGGUUCUUAAAUGCAACUUUCUAAAGUUCUCUAACUACACUAGAGCAUGGUUGAAACCACAGAAUGUGUUUGCAGCGUUGUCUGGUCCAUUUGUCCACGUCUAAACGAAGGAUCCGUUAUUAUUGUGAUUUUAAAUAUGUUGCUUUGUGCUGAGUAUUGUGAUAAAAUAUGUUGUGAUUUAUUACCUUUGUUCAGCUGUAAAUUUUGUCCCUGAAGGAAAAACUAAAAGUUUUCGGUCUGUUCAUCUCACGUCAGACAUUUUUGUUUGCAGCAGUAAAAUGUGUCUGUUGGACUGAAAAAGCUCCUCCUCAUAUCACUGCAGUCGACCACCUAAAGUUUAAUUUGUCAUAUUAAUAACUGUGUGUGAUGAUACGAAACUGCCACACAAAAAUAUUGUGAUACUUUGCUGUAUCAAUUUUCCUCGCCCCUGAUUAAUACUUCAUUACAUUAUUAUGCAGUGUGAUGUUUACUGUCGUUUGAAAUGCGGUUUGAUUCCUUCAAACCAAAACAUCAGCACUUUGGAUUUUGUUUUCACACUGGUGGUUUAUCACAGCUGCUAGAACACACACACAUCAGAACACUGGUUAGUGUGUCGGUUUUUAUCAGACGACAUUCAGUCAGCAAAAUUUAUUUCACUUUGAUGUCCCCAAAAACUGAAGGGAUCUCCACGAUCCUCCAUUUAAUGAAGGGAACGACCCAAAAAUUCUGAGGAAACAUGUUGUUGUGUUCUACCUGGUACCUGCGCACCUGUACUGACUGUGGCCCCGCCCCCAACACAUGAAAUCAAAACUCCGCCCCUGCAAGUUACAUUCACUCAGAGUCAGUGUCACAAGAUGGAAACACAGAAGGAAGUUGUUUCUACAUUUGGUAAUAGUCGGUCGGCAGCAUGAGAUUAAAUUAAAUUAAGACCCUUUUAGUGUCGGAGUCACGAUGACAUCACGAUGACAUCACAGUGACAUCAUGUUAUGAGCUGGAGGUGCAGCUGCCUCUCCCCCACAGGGCUGUAGGCUCCAUAGGAGUGUUAAAAUGUGUUUGUCUUGUUGUGUUAUUGGGAGCCAGAAUAGAAGGAGUCAUGGCUCAAAACCAGCCGCCACUGCCCGUCAACAAAAACAAAGACAACUAUGGUUAAAUGUGAUAAGACCAAAGGACUGGACGGAGGCCAUCAUCAAAAAUGCUCACAUGUGCAGCGCACACUUCAUAUCAGGUUAGGGAAAAAGUAUUUCCUGUUGUAGGGAUGAAUAAGGUUAUGUGUAUUAAGGGUUAUCAUGUCCACCUCAUCAGAAACUGGGGAGGGAUUAAGAGGAAGAUUGGAUUUCUCUGCAACGCUAACUUUUUAGCACAUUAGCUAACGUUAGCUUCCAUAGCAAAACAAACAAGUGUGGUCCUCCUUUGUAAGAUUGGCUUCCUGUGACAUCAUCCAUCCACUGAGUGAGAGCAUACGGGUCGGCCAGUCUGGUCCCGUUGGUCAGUGUUUACUUAUUCCAGUAACAC